CCUUCUCAAUCGGCACCUUGUUUGCGAGUGCAACUAUACUCUAACAAUUCUCCUACUACAAUGGAGGAUAUCGACGGAGGAGAAAUGGCAAGCGAACCAGACAGAGAAGAGGAAGAAGCAGCCACCGACUUACUCCGUGAUCGAUUCCGAUUAUGCACUAUUUCCAUUGCUGAAGCCGAGGCGAAACAAUGUGGUAUGGAGGUUUCUCAACCGAUUAUGGCCUGUAUUUCUGAUUUAGCCUUCAAGUUUGCUGAACAGCUAGCAAAAGACCUUGAAUUAUUUGCACAGCAUGCUGGUCGUAAGUCCGUCAACAUGGAAGAUGUUAUUCUUUCUGCACAUAGGAAUGAUCACCUGGCUGCCUCAUUGAGGUCCUUCGGCAAUGACCUGAAAGCAAAGGAACCCAAUAUGGAGAGGAAGAGGAAGAAGAGUUCCAGAAGGGAAGAUAAAGUUGCUCGAGAUGUACUUCGUACUCCAGACUAUUAGAUUAGAGGCGUGGCCAGUUUCACUAUGUAGUCCAAUAGCCUAAUAGCUUGGUGAGAGCAGCAUCUGCGCAGCACUCACAACUUUUUAAGGUAAAAACAGGUUGACAACAUCAUUGAAAAGCUACCUCAAAAUAGCGCCUCAAGUGCAACAUGGUGCGAUAAAUCUGGAGAAUAGCAAAGCAACUAAAAGAAUGUGGUCUGAUAGUACUUUUGAUGUUGUAAAACCUUUCACAUUUGUACUAUAAAAAAAGUUUUGGAUUUGAA